GCGACCGUUUUAAUUUUUCCUUUAAAAGUAAAUGAUAUGGUUUCCUUUGCGCUUUGUAACUUCGGCUGGAGCGCAUAACGUUCAUUUCUAUUCUUUUAUUGUAUUGUAUUGUAUUUUCUUGGGUCUUUGUAAUUUCCAACACCCUCUCUCCCACUUUCUCUAUUUUGCAUUUUAUUCUCCUCAUUUUGGAACCAGUUCCACUCCACUUUUUCUCACAUUUCAAUUACUGAUCGCCUACUAUAUACUCCCCCAUUCACAAUGUCAGCUACAGAAGCAAUUCCAGCGAAGGCGCAGUCCAAGACCCAACUGCUCUUCAUGAAGCUCCCGCGCCACGUCAUCGAGCGACUAACGAAUUUACCAGCCGAAGAUUUGCAGCUAAUCCUGGGCGGCAAAGAACGCAUCACCACGGGCACCUUGCGCGUAGGCAGCCAGCGAUUCGACGUGCGGUUUUCCUCGGAGCGCACAAGCGCACCGCCACUGCUCUUCCAGGGCAGUCAGCCGCAGUCGGCUGGCAGCGACCGGUGGUCGGACUGGAUGCCGCGCGGCAGAACGAUGGGGAAGCUGACGGUGCUCGGGAAGCAGAAGAGCUUCCCUGGCGCAGCGCCGAUGAGCGCAUCAACGAUGGCGUAUGCGGCUGAUGGGGGGCGCAUGCGCCAGGCGCAGGUGGCGCAGCCGGCUCACGCGCGGACACCCAGUACGAUGUUGCCGGCGGCCGCCUCUACCGCUGCUGCAGCUGCAGGGUCCGGGACCGGGUCCGGGACCGGGUCUGGGACCGGGUCCGGGUCUGCGCAUGUGUGCGUGUCGUCGGUCUCGCGGGCAGUGCCCCAGAAAAAGCCCGGGAUAGUGCGGCAGAACCGCGAAAUGGUGCGCGAGCAAGUGCUGCAUAUGCUAGCGCGCGAGCCAAUGGACGAGCUGGCGAUCCUCGACCGGAUCAAAAGCCCUGCCGCGCUAGUGCUGGACACCCUGGGUGCACUCUGCAAGAAAACGGGAGUGCGCUGGGCGCUGCUGCCAGAGAGCUACAGGAUGGUGCAGAUUGACUCUGGCUGGCCCAGGCUUAGUGCCCAGGAGCAGGAGCUUGUUGCUGCCAAUGCUAUUCAGGCUUUUGACGCCCUGGGGUUGCCCGCGGAUGACCCCGAGCGCGUGCGCGUGCGGCUUAUCCGGCAGGGGCUGGCUGCAGCUGGGCAGGCGCCAUCUACCGCUGUGGCUAAGGAUGUGGCUUCUGCGAGCCUGCCCAAGGAUGCGCCAAUGGCAUCGGCCAAAAAGCCGGCGCUGACAAGAAAGCCGCUGCGCGCCGAUGCCGGCAAGGGCCUGAUGCGCACCGGCGCCGGAACAGCCGGGCGCAUGACGCUUUCAGCCGCCCCGCCGCCAGCUACAGCUCCAGCUCCAGCUCCAGCUUCAGCUUCAGCUCCAGCCCCAGCCCCAGCUCCGGCUCCGGCUCCGGCUCCGGCUCCAGCUUCGGCACCGGCACCGGCAUCAGCCGGACGCACCACGCUUUCAGCCGCAGCCGCAGCCACACCCAGGCCGGACAUUACAAGGACGCCGCCGGCACCCCGGAGAAGAUCCAUCGAGCGCCCGCCAUCCAACAAACUGAGAGAAGGCAAGCCGAAAGACAGCAGUGCGCGUAUCCCAAACAGCAGACACCGGGACCCCCCGCGGCCGCCGCAAGUCACCGGCGCGUCCGUCAGCGCCCCCGACGCUGCCCCCAUGGCUUUGGCCACGAUGGCAGCGCCGGAGCCCGUGCAGAGCCGCCGGCCGCUGGGCCGCAACCACCGGCGCACGCGCGAAGACACUGCCGACGGCCAUGCGGCGUCCGACGUUGAGCCUGAGUACCGGCGUGCGCACAGCCGCUCGCACCGCCGCUCGCGCCGCCGCUCGCACAGCCGCUCGCGCAGCCGCUCGCACAGCCAAAACCCGCGCGCGCACCCGAGCGCUCCGGCCGCUGCAGACGAGGGCGAGGGCGAGGACGAGGACGAGGGGGGCAGCAGCCGCCACGUGCCGGUGCGCUCGCGGCCGCUGCAGCUAGGGUCCCUGGCGCUUGCGGCGGCCGCUGCAUCGGACACCGAUGCGGCAGUCAGCAGGGUGCAGGAGCGGCUGGCGCAGGAGCUUCUGGUCGACCGGCGCAUCCCCAGCAUGGCGGCGGUGUCCAGACACCAGUCGCAGGCGCCGCUUGACUUGGCCUUGGACCCUGCCAGCCGUCCCGCUGAGUUCCGGCGGCCGCGCGGGCCGUCGCUCUCGCCUGCUGCCGCGGUGCCUGGGUCGCGCUCGCCGUCGCCGUCGCCGAUUCCUGCGAUUAAGCGGCCGCGCACGGUGGGGGACAUUCAGGAGCUGGAGCGGCUGGUCGUUGCGACGUUCGAGGAGGCCAGCCAGCUGCGCGUCCGCAUUGGGGCGCGCAGCACCCGCUUUGCGCCGCUCGCCAAGGAGCUGAGCUCCGCAUAUGCUGCGUGCCAGCGGGCGCGGCGUGAGGCGCUGGUAGAGAGCCGCGCGGCGGACGAGGCUGAGCGCGAGGAGGGCGAGGAGAUCCCGGGCGACGCGCCGCCCGCGUACGCGCUUGGGAUGGAUGUGGAUCUGACGCAGGACAAGUGCACGGCUGAUGGCCGCCGCCUGUACUGGGCGCUGGUGCCUGGCCAAAAGGAGGGUGGUUGGCUUGCGGAUGAUCCCGAGGCUAUUGUUGGGCGAGGCGUUGGCAGGGAUGGCCACCCGUGUCGGACGCGGAGGCUGCUUGCUGAGGAGUGCAGGUUUUUGAAGGCGUCGGGCGCCGUUGCCGACUUGUAUGCCGAGAUUGACGGCGAUGAGGUGCGCCGGUGGAUCGGCCGGUACCUGCACUUGAGAGCGUAUUCUGCUGCUUUGGAGCGCGAGAUCCACCGGGCCUAUGCGCGCAUACAUGGCGAGAUCAUGGCGGAGUUUGAUGAGCUGAGGGAGGAGCUGGGCGACAGCGAGGUUGAGGAGGAGCUUGCGGCUAUUUGCGAUGGCAAUGGGGGGAGGAUUCUGGUUUUUGAUGCGUACCAGGACCACCUUGCUGCCGCCUAAUGGAGUGCUUUUUUCAGAUGGCCCCUUUCUUUUGAGAAACAUAAAGGAUUUCUCCUAAGAGAGGAAAGAAAAGAAAACAGCGGAGGCACGCCAAAGUGGGCCAUGGAAACAAAAAAAAAAUUGCAAGUUGCCUCUCCGACUUUUUAAUGCGCUUUGCAUGAGCUAGAAUAUUUUUUGUUUUUCACUCUUUUCUUUUUCUUGCUAUAUAAACCCCCUCCCCCUCCAGCCACCUUGCAUUUUAUUGCCCCUCCUUUUUUUCUUUUUUCUUUUUUCUUUUUGCAUUUUACAUUCAAUGGCCAGGGAAAUUCAACACGAGUACGCUGAGCUUGCGACCCUUCCAAGCGCCCAAGACGCCACAGCGACAGCAGCAUCAACAGUUGACAAUGAGGCCUCACACCACCACCACCACCACCACCACCACC